AUGGGAAACCAAAGCGAAAAAAAAAUAGCUUAAUUUAAAUAAAAAGUCAUUGGUUAUUACUUUUACCCUACGACUGCUAUUUGCAUAUUAUUUCUGCUUGCCAAUUUAUAUUAUGGUUAUGCUUUGACAAUAUGGGGUGGCAUAGUAAUUUCAAUAAUCACAUUAAUACAAUACUUUUGCUAUAAUUAGAUUAGCAAGUCAUUAGAAUUGGGUUUGAAUGCAGAUUCCUAUUCCAUUUAUUUGGAUGUUUUAGCAUUAAAUGGAGCCAUUCAAUUUGGUAGCAUAUUGUUUGACUUCUUCUGGUAUGGCUAUUGGAUUAUCCCAUUAAUAUUGUUGUACAAAGGAUCCCUAAUCAUUUGGGGCUGGUUGUAGAAGCCUUAAUAUGCCGAAGAUGAUAAAAAAGACAAAAAGAAAAAAGAUAAUAAACCCAAAGUAAAAUAUGUUAAAUGA